CUUGCAAAUUUUCGUUCCAUGUCUGUCCAUUAUUUCCACAACGGGAAGUUUGUUAUCCGUAAAACAAGUUAAGUUUUUUUUAGUAAAGUAUUGGAGGAAUCUAACAUAUAAUUCAUACUGUCGAUAAAAAACUUUUUAUAACAAAAACCAGUGUAAGCUAAAAGUAAAAUUGUUUAGCAAGAAAAGCAACACAGCUGUGUGAUAAAAAGAGUGUUCAUUGAAAAUUGUGCAAAAACGAAAAUAGUUGAAUCGUCAGUAAGGAAAAAAAGAAAUACACGACAUAAUAAAAAUGGGCGAACGCGUUUAGUAUUUCAAUAAUUAACAUAUUUUGCAUCAUAGCAUAAGCAUAUUUAGAAGUCCUAUUUACCAAUUGUUUUAUGUGGUAUUGUAAAAGUAGUAAGAUAAAACGAAGUUCUUAAAAACUAAACAAUGAUGACGUUUUGUCUCCACGAAUAAACAAGGCAGACAAGUCAUAUGCAGAUUUUUUUGUGUGCUAGUUGUUCAGUGUGAUUUUUAAAGUGUUUGCUAACAGUUUUUAUAAUCGCACUGUAGGUCGUACAAAGUGUAAAACUUCGCCUAAAAUAUUUAUAGCAUUCUUGAAUAUAACGCACAUAUUAAACACGAUAUACUUACACAUAAAACCUUCGUUCAGAUGGCUAUACCACCACCGCCAGGUCCACCGCCGCCACCAGGGCCACCACCGCCUCCGGCUAUGGGAGGUCUCAAAUUAGGUGGUGCCGGCGGCGGAGAUAUGCGUUCAGCGCUCCUACAAUCCAUACAAAAAGGCACUAAACUGAAAAAGACUACAACAGUUGAUAAAAGCGGACCAGCCCUAGCAGGAAAGAUUUGCGAUUCAACGUCAUCCGCAACGAGUUCACCGAAACGAAUACACAACAAUAAUAAUAACAACAACAAUAUCAGUAAUAGCAAUAACAAUAAUGUGGGCAAUGGCGCACCAAAAUUGGGUGGCCUAUUCGAAGGGCUGACCUCAAUGCCCAAACUGAAGCCAGUCAAUGGCAGUAGUCGUGCCCAAGCACCGGCAAUCCCAACGGCUACCAAUAACGACUCGUCCGCAGCGAGUAGACGCAACGACACAUCGCCACCGGCGAACGCCAACAGCGGAAAUAACGGCAGCAGUAAUGGCCCUUUAGAUUUCAAUGCUGAACUAACAAAGCAUUUGACACUGAAGCGGCAGAAGCAACAGCAGCUACAACAGCCGGUCAAUGCGACCGAGGCGAAUUUACGCACAAAUCGUGGACCACCACCGCAGCCGCCAUCGACGCCACCGAAAAAUCUCUCAACGAGCGCCUCCGACUCGGUGUUGGAGAAAACGAGAGGUAUCAACGCGUCGUCAGCUGGUAUACGCGCCAGUCCGUUGGCGGCAAAUCACAGCAAUAGUAAGGCAUCAUCGCCUACGCUUUCAGAGAGCAGCAAUGGCAGCAACAAAAUCGCUGGUGGUGGCAGCAUCAAAAGUAAAGCGGCUAGUUUGAAUUUAACAUUAGGCAAAACAAAUUCAAAUGUUGUAAAUAAUAAAAGUAGUAAUACAAACUCUUCUUCAACUACAACGACCUCGUACAAUUAUAAUUCAAUGAACAACACAACUACCACAACAACAACAAACAAAACAACAACAAACCAUUUAAACUACAAAAGCAGCCUGAACAGUACACUGUCGAAAGCAACACAAUUUCAACAGCAGCAGCAAACAUCACCUGCACCUAGCCGAGGCAAUAUCCUACCGAACAAGUCAUCAUUAUUCGGCACGAAUGGCAUAAAUAGCGCUGCUGGCCCUUCUGCAACGGGUAGUAACAAUUCGCUUGCCACCCCUACCGCAGCAUCAACGACGACGCCGACUAAUAAGUCGCCGACGCCAAGUUUGAAGCCGGUGCCGAAUCAUGGCAAACCGAAUUUUGCGCCCAAACCGCCAGGAUUACAGCAAUUGGCGUUGGCGAGCAGUCAACGUACGACCGUGUCGCGCCAUCAUAGCAUGAAGUCGCCAAGAUCACCGCCAAUUGCAGCGCCAGGUGCGCCCAUAUUCCCCACUCAACAACACUUCGGCACAAUGCGCGCACCACUCGCCCAACUGUAUCAGUCGCAAGAAGCAAUCAACAGCAGCGGCAUGCGUCCAGCGCCAAAUCCACCAAUUGGUCGCCCUACAGUGGCACCACCGAAACCGCCAUCAGUCAAACCACCGCCACCGCCAACACCGGCACGCAGCGUCUCCAAUUCCAAUCUGAAUAGUAUUGUGGGAGGCCAAAGUACCGCUGCAAGUGGCAAUCCGGCCAUACCAUAUAGCGCUGUGAACACUACACUUAUCUCUUCCGUAAACAGCAAUAAUUACUCAUCGCCCACCACAACGCAACCACCUUCCAAUUCUUCUUCCACCAGUAGUGUGUCGGCGUUGCGUGAUCAAUUUCGUAGCACAACAAAUGCAACACCUCCACCACCACUGCCGCCAACUGCAAGCGUUGCCGCUGCCAAUAUGAAGUCUUCCAGCAGUAGCAGCGCUCAGGGCAGUCCAGGUAGCCCCGGCAGCAGGCAAGCGUCGAGUCGAGAAAAGCCCAUAAAAGCAAUCAUAUUGAAUGGUGGUCCAUUGAAUGCGCCACCACUGCCACCACAUCGAACAGUUCAAGCGCCCCCACCGCCGCUACGUCAAACGAGUAAUACUGGCAAUAACGUGGCACCAGUGCCGCCACAACGACACUCUUCCAUACGCGCCAACGCACCUGUAACACCGCCAACAGCCAACAACAACAAUAUGCCCAUGUUCGGCAACAAUGCUGGCAAUCUAGCGCACGCCAAUUCAGUCAGCCGUUUGAUCACCGAUUUGGAAUCCCGUUUCGUCUUCCACAAUGUCACCGAAUUCCCAAAACCGCCACCGUUUCUAAAUAUUCCAAAAAUCUAUACGGCCAAAGCGAAUGGUAUGUAAAUAUAUGGGGACGAGAAGAAGAUGAUGAAGAAGAAGACAAAAAAGCUGUGUGGCAGUUUAAAGGGCAGAAGAACAAAAGUUAAAUAUGUAUGUUAGUUUUUGUAGUUGUAUGCAAAUGUAAGCCAGCUGGCUGGAUAUAAAAAGCAGUCACACACAGGCUAGUUAGUAAGAGCAUGCAAGCCUAGACAGACAGACGCAAGCAGACAGUCAAGACAAUCGUUUAGGUCGGGUCAUAGUAAUGACCAUGAAAUUUAUUGUAAAACUCGCGCAAAUGCGUGCGAGCAUAUUGUAAACAAAGCAACAAAAAUAUUAUAUUGUGAAUGCAUACGUCGUAGUAGUUUAGCGCGUUAUCUGCAGCGUUUGCUACCACGUGCGAAAGUCAACUUUUAUUUUACACUUUCUGUUUUAAUACAAAAAGUACUUUUUAUAUUUUAAAUGCAACCUUUUAAGUUUAUUAUGUGGAAUGCUUAUGCGAAUGCUAUGUAUGGAAUGCGGUUGAAGUUUAAUUUUUUUCUUUUAGUAAUCAAUAAGAAAUAAUAAUUAACUUAUUUAAAGUUCAAACUCUAUAUGUAUAAUAAAAAAAGCAUUUUAUAUGAUUUUCUCUAAUUUAAAUUAAUAGGUUUUUAUGGAAUUUGUGAAACUUAGUGGUAUUUUUAUUGGAUUUCUGAAAUAUUUGUGUUAGAUAUAUGAAUAGUUGAGUAACAAGCAGUAAUUAUUGAAAACGGCAAUAAGCACUGAGAAAUUUAUUAAUUUUUGCACGCAAAAUUGUAGCCUUUGCCUUGAAAACAUAGCAAUGAAGUUAAAAAUGUAGCGUUAUAUAGAAAAUUGCACAGUUUUUUAAAGCAAAUUAAAAGCAAUAAUGAAAUUAAAAUUCAAAAUUUUAAAAAAAUAGUAAAUUUAGUAGUUUCAAUAAUUAAACAAAUAGUUUCAAAAAUAGGAAAUAAAAAAUAAAAGAUACUAAAAUAAAUAUUUCAUUAUUUUUAUGCAUAAAAUUGUUAAUAUUACUUAUAUUAACUUCAAAAGUCUUUUUUGAUUUUAGAUGAAAUAGUUGGUAUUGCCAUCGUGAAAUAAUAUAAAAAAUAUUAAUUAAUUUAAUUUUCUUCUAAAUUAUAUAAAUGAAAUUACGUAAUUACAUAUUAAUAUUUAACAGUUUUAAAAAAGGCAGCAUUUAAAAAAAUAAAAAAAUUAUUAAAGUUAACACUUUACUACAUUGAAAUUGUAAUAGCCUUUUGUACGUUUUUUUUUAAUAUAAAAAAAUCUUAAUUUAAAUGAUAUAAAUUAAAUUUUUUUAUUAUAUUAAAAAAGUUAAAAGAUGUAAACUCAACUGCUUUUUUAUUGUUGUUUUUAUUUAAUUGAAAAUUUUACUACAUUCAAAUUAUAAUUUAAUUAAAGGUUGACAGUUUUGUUGAAAAACUAUUUACUAGAAUCAGAAAUAUGAAUUAAAUUAAUAUACUACACUUGAAAAAAAAUUACUAAAACGCAAUUAUAUUUUUUUAACAAAUUAGUUGUCAAUUGGCACUAAAAUCAAAAAAUAAAUUAAAUUGCUUUUGCUAAACUCAAAUUGAUACUUUUUUGUAAAAAAUAAAUAACAAAAAUAAAUUUCAAAAAAAAAAACUUCAAAACAGCAAUAAAUAUACAUAUAUUUAACUGAUAUUAAUUUUACAAAACACAGAGUAAUGGUUUUUGGUAAAUAAAUUAGAGGUUGCAGAUUAUUUCAAAAAUAAAUAAAUUAUAAACAUUACUAAAAAUACAAAAAUACUUUUUUUGUUAAAGGCAGCAAAAAUGAGAGAAAUGGCGUAAUAAGCACAUAUUUAUUUAAAAAAAAAUUAUUCUGUUGAAUAUCUGCAUUUUUUAUUUUGAUGCCUCGUCAUUUCUCAUUUAAAAAUAGUUAUUCCAUUAGUUUUGUUUUUCCGCUGUUAUAUAUAUAUUUUUUUUUAUUCUAUAAUUAUACUUCCAAUUUAUUUGUAUUAGUGAAAAUAUUAAAUUCAUAAAUUUACUAAAUAUUUUGUAUUACAACUAAAUGAACUAAAUUUUAAAUUUAAAAUUGAGUUAAACAGGCGUAAUUUGAGCAUGUGUCUGCGUCGAAAAAUAUGCAUAUAUAUCGCUCAUUUGCUGCAAGACCGGCAUAAUUCAAAAAACGUGAUUUUGGAGUUAAUGCUGCAGAAUUGUUCGUUAUAUCAUACUUCAUGUUGAGUGAAAAAUUCAUAUGAAUACCUCUUAUAUGCUCCGCAUGAGAAGAGGUGUAAGGUUGGAGUCACCGUGUAAGGUUGUAGUCAGUUGAAAACUUUAAACGCGUUUUCUAGCGAAUCGAUUUUUUUGACUUAUGCCGGUCUUGCAGCAAAUGAGCGAUAUAAUUCUAAGCAUACAAAGCACAAACACUGCUAAGCGCCGCAAAGUAUGCUAAUUGUCACUUCUAUUCAAAGUGGCACAGUGGUACAAGACUUCAAAAAUCUUUUAAAUAGAAUUUUCGUUGCAAAAGAAAAAACUCAUAAAACUAUUUUUAAUAAGAAAGUCAAUUUAAAAUGAAAAUAAUUUUUUUUCGACACACUCACAGCCUUGUUUUAACCUACAUAUAUUUUUUUACAAACUGAAGUGAAACAUUUUUUAUAGCUUUAUAAUUUUAUUAUAUUUACCAGUAACACCAUUUUUUUUAAUGUAAUAUUAACAAUAUAUUAAAAACCACAAUUAAAGCUCAUAGCAAUGCAAAAUAUAAAAAUAAUAAAUGAAAUAAAAGCAUAAAUUUCAAUAAUAAUAUAUGGGGGAGAAAAUAAAUGAAUAUUAACGAAGCUUAUAAAUAAAAGUAGUCAAUUAUCACUUAUUGUCAUUAACACGCACUAAUUUAGUAACUGUAUACUAAAAUUUUUAAUAACAUAUAAUACAGAAAAGAAUAAAGUAUAUAUUUUUUAUGUUUGUAGCAAUCAUUCUCAUGCAUACCAAACACACGAACAUACACAUGCAUAUUCCACACUAGCUUCGUACAAGUCAAUUCGCUAACUACCAGACUAAAUGCAUAAAAAUUUAGUAAAAUAAACAUAUAAAAUAUAUAAAGCGAUUAUAUGUAGUUAUGUUAAUAUAUAAUAAAAAACAACACUUUUUUGUUAGCAUGCAACUCUGUAUGUAAAUUUGUAUUAUGUAUAAAUUUAUAUGUAAGUAUUUCCUCCUUCAUUUAUAUAUAUUUAAACAUAAAUGUAUGUAUAUCUAAUUCUUAUUUUAAUUUUAGUAUUUCUGUUUUUGUUUAUUUCUUUAAUAAGCAAAACAAAAAUUAUGUAUAAAAGAAAUUUUGUGAAUAAAAAUUAUCAAUUCAUUUUACUUACUACUUCA